AUGAGCCGUGCAAAGCUUUGCUCGAGCUGUGGCGACUACGUGUAUGAGUACUGCUCCAUCCACGGACGCCUUCUAGUCAUUCCCGACGAUGAGGUGCCCCCUCCGCCGGGGCCCCCCGCCCCGCGCGCCGCCCUCCCCCUCCCCCGCGCCGCCCUCUCCCUCCCCCGCGCCUUCCUGCACUUGGCUCCCUCCACCAUACCAGGUGCAGGGAUAGGAGUGUUCAGUACGCUGACGCUGCCCACAGGGGUCCGCUUCGGGCCCUACCGCGGCCUCAAGACACAGGCCGUGACCUCGGCCUACUGUUGGCAGAUUUUCGACGGCGAGCGCAAGCCGUCACACGUUCUGGACGCGCGCGACGCCAACAAGUCCAACUGGAUGCGCUACGUCAACUGCUCGCGGCACUUUAGCGAGCAGAACCUCGUGGCGUUCCAGUACCAGGGCCAGCUGUACUACAGGACAAUAAAGAUAAUCCCUCGCUUCACGGAGCUGCUGGUGUUCUACGGCAGCGAGUUCGCCAGCCAGCUGCGCGUGGACCUGCGCCGCUACCACGCGCCCUGCACCCACACACUCGUAAAAUGUGAAGCUGAAAAUGAGGAAGACACUAAAAUACCAGAAGAGAAGCUUGUUACUGAGACUGCGGUUGAUAAUAAAGAAAACGUGAUUCAAACCAGAUACCCUCUGGAAGUUGAGCAGAUAUAUGAUGACAGUAAACAUUCCUCUGAGGGUGAUUUUUUAGGCUUUCGUUUGAACGAGUGGAAGAAUGUAAAUGUGGUGCAAAAGCCAGAUCCUCUGGAGGAAGAUAUAUAUGAUGAGAUUGAAGAGAGAGAAAAGAAAGAAUAA